UUUGCUGCACUUCUUUAGCUAUUUUGACAGGCUUUAGUUCUUGACUUUUUAGCCGCGUUUUUUUGGGAGCAAACAACUUAUUUACACUCGUGUUAUACACGUUAGUCAACCGAAUUAUAUUACACUCAAGGAUUCUGUACCAGCCGCUCAAUAUGCCGUUGCAGCAGGAGAAGGCGCCUAACCCGUACGAAGCUCACAGAAAGGACAGCACGGGUGUGGAACCAAAGCCGGCGCCCAAAAGAAAGGAUAGCGUCGGCAAUUACGUUAUACCUGAUCAUGCAAGAAAGGACAGCUUGGAUACUGUGGCUCCUCUGAUCGAACGACGACGAUCAAGCAUCUGCCAGGAGGCACCGCCGCCAACUGGAAGACGAGGUAGCGUGGAUAUCUUUGAAGGAUGCCCGAUGGGACGGAGAGCCAGCAUCAAUCCCAAUUCACCCCGACUGGAGCCGCCGAGCAUCACGCCGGAAACAACCGCCACGGGUUCGCACAUUAUUAAUCUGGAGUGCCGUAUCAAUUCGGAAGUAGAGCCGGUGGCCACGUGGUAUCAUAUGGAUGAGCGUAUCAAGAACGGUGAGCGCGUGUCCCAAGGCGUCAAGAAAGACGGUGAUGCCUGGGUGGCGUGGCUGCGUCUUAAAGAGGUCAAACCCAAAGAUGCCGGCAAGUACACCAUCCGGGCGCAGAACGGUGCCGGGGAGAGUUUCGCCACGGUGUUUUCCUAUGUGGAAAAGAAUAAGAACGCCCACAACAACGAACGCCGACCUUCAAUUUCCGACGUCAAACAUUACGAGGUCAAAACGGCAGCGGUGCCCAAGCUGCACGUGUAAAUAGAUAUUCUUAUGUUACAUUAUUACCAAUAAUGUGAUUAUUGUAAACAUAUUUCAUGCAUAUUAUACGCUUCGCUGUAUACUUCUGAUACUUCUGAUUUUUUAUUCAUACCCACUUAUGCUAAUCCCGGAACUUUGUGCCGUAGUCACCACAUAGCAAGUUUGAUAAAUCAAACAGAAAGAAAUAAUUGCAAAAUAUUGGCUGGUUACACUUGAUCACUGACCAAACGUCAUCUGCUUAAGUAUGCAAAAAAAGACGCAAAUAAAUCCCUACUCAGUGUUG